UGAACUUUAUUUUAUCAUUUUGGUGUACACUAUUGAAAUUCCAGAGGUAAUGUAUACUGUAGUGGUCGGUAUAUACUGUGCUAUUGCAAAGAAACAUUACUAAAUCUUGACUGAUUUCAGAUUCAGUAUCCUUUCACUGUAGAUUCGGUUCACUCCUGUAUUCUACGUUCAACCCUUCACUGUCGGUGAUCGCAUGAUGAAUUUACUCACUUUCCAACGGUUCCUUAACACUAUGCGCAUUUUUUUUAUCUUAACAUGUUGCUGCUUGUGUGGGCUUUAAUAAUAAGACUCAGUUGGCGCCCCUUUCUGGUAGACCUAGCUUUUCAAUGUGUCGUCUUUGGACAAAAGCAAUAGGCUACGAUACGAAAUACUGCUAGGGGUUGUCAGGAUGGAAAUUAGAUCAAUAACUGCGGGAUAGUCCUACCCGGAGAGGCAGAAUUGCAUUAUUGUGACGAUAAUGGUGCUCUUAUUAUGAACAGGUUGGUCUGCAUCAGGUGUGCGCACACAAAUUACUGUAAAAUUAGUGCAUAAAAGAAAGACGAAUAAAUAAUUAAAUUAUCUAUCUAUCUAUCUAUCUAUCUAUUCUGCGCUAUACCACUGUAUUCGGGAGUUGUCUACGUUAAAACUGUUAAUGUGUGACGACGGAAAUAUGGCGGUCUUCAUGUGAACUCGUUGCAGGCCAUUGUAACUGAUUGAUACCAAACCUGCAAAACAAGUUUGAGGUUCAAAUGCAUCUGAACUUAGUCUGGUACGCCUCCAAUGUUUACUGUAAACUAUGGAAGGUAAGCCAAGUUUUUUUUUUAACUACAUUUGUACUUUUUAACAUUUUGAUGUACACUAUUACUGUAUGAUAUGUUAUGCGCAUUGGUUGUAAAUGUAUUGGUGUCUAACGCAUCAGUGUCAAGUGUUUAGCAGUAGGGCCUACUGUUGUGGUCGAUCCAUUCUAUUGUAACAUUACUAAAUGACUUCUUCUGGAGUUCUCAGUAGCGGUUCCUGGCCGAGCAAACGAUCUCGGGGCCCUGGGCCUUCCUCAUCAGCGAGGAAUAAAGACAGAGCCAUGGUGAUGAGCAGUGCAGAAAUUAAAAGAAAACUCGAUCAAGAAAACCAUACCUUUCAGUCAAGAUGGGAAGCAGAGUAUCUGUUCAUAGAGUUAAAAGGCCAUCAUUGAAUGAUGAUGUAUGUGAGCCCUCUUUAUCUUGAAAGUUGCCCAUCCCUGCUCUAUAUAUUAUCAAAAUCUAAACCCCAAAAAUGCAUACGAACCUUACACUUGAUAUAACACAAUAACGAGAAACUACUUAUUUUUAUGGAAAGUUUAGCUAAUAUAGCAUAUUUUGAGAUACACAAUCUUUGUAAUGGCGAAAAAAACGUGGUUGGGUUUUCCUAUAACCCCAAGAUCCCAAGUUUCUUGUCCUUUUGCCACACGGGGAAAGCUGGUGAUGGCAUUGUUUGACGCGCAGUUUGUGUCCAAAAAAGAGUAAGAGUUUGACUGUCCAAGGCCGUCAUUUAUUGUAAAUAAAAUAUAACAAAUUAAGGAUGCAAAGCAGUCUCUAUAUCAAGUUGCACAGUUCACAAACAGACGGUCAAUAACUGUAUCUGCUUGCCAGCCUUCUCCUCGUCAUGCACUUCCGUGGCCUAUUUAAAGGGUGCACCAUCAGCACCUGUCGCAGGUGUGCACUCACCACAGGUGGGAAAGAAGGAGAAAUUAGUGAGUCAAUCAAAACAUAAAAGACUUAAAUGCGGCUCCUACACUCUUAGUGAUGAGAUAAGUUGUGGGGACAAGGUGGUAUGACAAAUGGUUUGAUAUUUACAGAGGUUAAGAAGAGUUUAAUCAAUGGCUCCUAAAUUCUGAGGUCAAUAAUUCGGAACAAUGUGUUGAACACCUUGCUUCAACUAUCGUGUUUGCACGCCGUCAUUCUUACAUUGCCUUUUUGUUUUUUGAUUUGACUGGAAUCCAGUGAUUCAUUAUCGAAUGCAACCUCCCACUUGGAAUGAUUUUGUGCACUGUUUUCAUCGAAAGACUGACAAUCCUUUUUCAUAUCCUAGCACUUGGAGACGACAAGACGGUAGUAAAGCCAAAGAAACAAGCAAGAGGAGACAAUAAAACCCUCUCCGCAGGUCGGGAUCUGUCUGGUAAGCUGCUCCAGGAUGUUGCAAAAUCGCUGGGAUGUAAGUGGGAGCAGGCGGCCCUCCGCCUGGGGCUGAAGAAGAGAGAUCUGGACGAGAUCAAGAAAGACAACAAAGAUGAGUUCAUGCAUAGGCGGAACAUGUUGCGGCUGUGGAAGGACCGAAGACCAGGAAAGGCCACAGCACAGGACCUGCUGAGAGGUCUGGAAGGGCUGAAGGUCCUACCGGUCGAGACUCGUCGGUUAUUGAAAGAAGCCAGUGCUGAGAUUGAUGAAGAUGAUAAAGAUGAUGAAGGAGAGCAGAGCCAAGGACGAAAGAGCAGUCACUCAGAUUUACUACCAAAAAUGGAAAGCAGUAGCUCAGGGACGACUCUCACCGAAGACACAGCAAGCAUGCCCGUGGUGGACAGGUGUGGAGAGGAGGACUGUUCUGAUUCUGGAGAGCAGAGCCAAGGACGAAAGAGUAGUCAGUCAGGACUUCGACCUAAACCUGUUAAGAAGAAGCCGUCACACAGUAGCGGACCGGGGAGCCGUCCUGGUGAGCUGUCCUCGUCCCUGCACCUCAAAAAGCCGGCUAGUGACGGGACGCUGGCACUUGGGGACGACAAGACGCUAGUAAAGCCAAAGAAACAAACGAGAGCCAGAAAUAAUGAAACCUGCUCUGCAGGGCAGGAUCUGUCUGAUAAGCAGCUCCGGGAUGUUGCACAAACGCUGGGACAGGAGUGGGAGCAGGCGGCCCUCCACCUGGGGCUGAAGAAGGAAGAUCUGGACGAGAUCAAGAAAGAAAAGAGAGAAUUCAUGCAGAGACGGAACAUGUUGGUGCUGUGGAAGCGCCGAAGACCAGGAAAGGUCACAGCACAGGACCUGCUGAGAGGUCUGGAAGACAUGAAGGACCUACCUGUCGAGACUCGUCGGUUAUUGAAAGAUUUACUACCAAAAAUGGAAAGCAGUAGCUCAGGGACGAGUCUCACCGAAGACACAGCAAGCAUGCCCGUGGUGGACAGGUGUGAAGAGGACUGUUCUGAUUCUGGAGAGCAGAGCCAAGGACGAAAGAGUAGUAAGUCAGGACUUCGAUCUAAACCUGUUAAGAAGAAGCCGUCACACAGUAGCGGACUGGGGAGCCGUCCUGGUGAGCUGUCCUCGUCCCUGCACCUCAAAAAGCCGGCUAGUGACGGGACGCUGGCACUUGGGGACGACAAGACGGUAGCAAAGCCAAAGGAAAGAACGAGAGGAGACAAUAAAACCCUCUCCGCAGGUCGGGAUCUGUCUGGUAAGCUGCUCCAGGAUGUGGCAAAAUCUCUGGGAUGUAAGUGGGAGCAGGCAGCCAUCCACCUGGGGCUGAAGAACGGAGAUCUGGACGAGAUCAAGAAAGACAACAAAGAUGAGUACAUGCGUAGACGGAACAUGUUGCGGCUGUGGAAGCGCCGAAGCCCAGGAAAGCUCACAGCACAGGACCUGCUGAGAGGUCUGGAAGACCUGGAGGACCUACCGGUCGAGACUCGUCGGUUAUUGAAAGAUUUACUACCAAAAAUGGAAAGCAGUAGCUCAGGGACGAGUCUCGCCGAAGACACAGCAAGCAUGCCCGUGGUGGACAGGUGUGAAGAGGACUGUUCUGAUUCUGGAGAGCAGAGCCAAGGACGAAAGAGUAGUAAGUCAGACGCCAGUGCUGAGAUUGCUGAAGAGGAUGAAGAGGAGAUGCCCGUCAAGUCACAACGUGAAAAAUGCAAAGCAGCUCAGCAGAGCCCUGAGUAUGUGAAGGUUACCCCAACGGAGAUUUCAAAGCAGAGCUCCAAUCCCAUCAUUCCCAGCAGUCUGCCGGUGAAGCACCACGGGGCUGUGCUGGUUUACAAGGGGCUGACGAGAGAAUGCCGAACAGACCACAUCUUCCGCGUGUUUUUGUCCUUGAACAACGACUCUGAGAUCAAGGCUGUUGAAGAACAGAUUCAAAUAGGUGUUAAGCAAUGGAUCAAGAUUGACAUACCACCCCUCUGUUUGCUGGAAGAGAAGGUCUACCACCUCACAAGCGAGCCUGAAGAGAAAAUCGAACCCAAGAAUCAACCAUUCACCACUGCAGUUUUAGCAUGUAAGGGAUAUUUUGUAGCACGCUUCAGUGAGCGUCCACCUUUCAGAUUGUUUCUCAUGGACUCUGACUCUGACGAACCUUUGUGGUCUGCUACAAUCAGAGAAGAGGAUUGGACCUGCGAGAAAAGUUCUCUUCCGAAGAUGAACCAGGUUCCCAACAACAGAGGGAGAGGAGAGCAGAGCCAAGGACGAAAGAGCAGUCACUCAGGGACGAGUCUCACCGAAGACAUAGCAAGCAUUUCUUUGACGGACAGGCAUGAAGAGGAGGACUGUUCUGUUUCCGACGCCAGUGCUGAGAUUGAUGAAGAGGAUGAAGAGGAUGAAGGGACGAGUCUCACAGAAGACAUAGCAAGCAUGUCUUUGAUGGACAGGUCUGAAGAGGAGGACUGUUCUGAUUCUGACGCCAUUGCUGAGAUUGAUGAAGAGGAUGAAGAGGAUGAAGGGACGAGUCUCACAGAAGACACAGCAAGCAUGCCCGUGGUGGACAGCUGUGAAGAGGAGGACUGUUCUGAUGCUGACGCCAGUGCUGAGAUUGAGGAAGAUGAUGAAGAGGAUGAAGAAGAGAUGCACGUCAAGUCACAACCUGAAAAAUGCAAAGCAGCUCAGCAGAGCCCUGAGUAUGUGAAGGUCACCCCAACGAAGAUUUUAAAGUGGCGCUUCAAGCUACCGCUGAAAGGCAAAGGGACCUAUGAGUGUUCGGAUACAGGUCUGAGGUUUGAAGUGUCGGAGCAGGCUCUGGUCCGCUACUCGGUCCUGUCCUGGUCAGAAAUCGCUGAGUACCUCCCAGACUCCUGGAGACCUGCUGGAUCGAUUUGGAAUGUGGAUGUGGUCAACAACGAUUCAUCUGUGCUCAAGUUUAUCCAUUUCCCACACUCUCUGUGCCUUUCUGGACCUGAGCAUGAGCUGAGCUUCAGUGUUCUGCUCAUAAAGGACGGCCAAGCCAGCAUUGAGUCGACGGUGGACUUCACGGCGAGCCAUGUUAAAUGGCCCGUGUCCUCGCUUUCUAAAGUGGGUCCCAUCACUCCGAGCAGUCUGCAGGGGAAGCACCACGGGAGGGUGCUGAUUUACAAGGAGCAGAAGAGAAAAUGCCGAAAGGACCACAUCUUCCGCGUGUUUUUGUCCUUGAACAACGAAUCUGGGAUCAAGGCUCUUGAAGAAAAGGUGCUGAAGAAACCAAGUGAAAAUGGUGAGGAAUGGAUCAAGGUUGCCAUACCACCCCUCUGUUUGCUGAAAGAGAAGGUCUACCACCUCAAAAGCGAGCCAAAAGGGCAAAUUGAACAAAAGAAUCAAGGAUUCACCACUUCUUUUGUUGUACGCUUCAGCGCGCUUGAGCGUCCUCCUUUCAGAUUGUCUCUCAUGGACUCAGACUGUGAUGAACCUUUGUGGUCUGCUACAAUCAGAGAAGAGGAUUGGAAAGGCAAGAAAAGUUCUCUUCCGAAGAUGAACCAGGUGCCCAACAACAGAGGGGGAGGAGAGCAGAGCCAAGGACAAAAGAGCAGUCGGUCAGAGUUGCGAAGGAUCUAUUCUCAAUUUGUGCAGGGACUUUCAAACCCAGUUAUCAAAGGUCUCCUGGAUGAACUUUAUACGCUUGAAGUGGUCAGUACUGAGGAAAAGGAAUUUGUGAUGGAGAACCAGAAGAUCAAAACGGACAUGGCACGUUGUCUGAUCGACAUGGUGAUCGGGAAAGGGGAGACAGCAUGUCAGAUAAUGAUCGAUAAAUUGAAGGUUAAGGACAAGUACUUGUGCUCCCACCUGGGUCUGAUCUCUUCUCCUGCUGCUGCGGCUGAGUAGUAACUGAAUUUCCUUUUUAAAGUCACUACCGACUUUGUCAACUUCGACAAGACAUUACAUUUAUUCAGCUGACAUAUUGUUGAUAUCAUGUUUAGAAUAUGACCUCCUUCCUGUGAUCUAGUACAUUUGUACUAAGCUGUACCUCCUAUAUCCAGGUAUAGAUAGGAAUUUUGAAAUAUCAUUUUUAAGUAACUAUUGUAUGGUCUCGGAACUGAUCGCGGAAAUGUUUACAGUUUCCCCAAGAGGCAGCUUAAGUUUAGUUUUUUAUAUAUUAUUUUAAACGUUCAGGUGGAUUCUAUACGCAGCCAGAUUUGCAGAUCGGCUCCGGUACAUGUUGGACAAAACUUGACGAGAUCCACAAAUGCAUACAGACGUGUUCACAUGUGGUAAACUGAUGUAAAGUCACAAAACUAAAGUAAACUUUAUGGAUUUGUGCAUCGGGAUCUGUUCUGAAAGUUUGUUUUGAUAUCCUUUUACAAAGGAAAGGUAAACAUUAUUUGUGUUUUUUGGUAACAAAAUGUGAAUUGUCUUCUGUGGGUUACAACAAGUUACUCACUUCCUUUUACAUGCAUGGCGCCAUCUGCAGGUGAAUGCUAUGACCGCAUCCAGAUUGAUACACAUUGGACAAAACUUGACCUUGAUUGCAAAGCUAAGGUGAAAAAUGACUGGACACUGCCACCAGUGUGUGUAUAAAAAUGGUUGCAAGUCGCUAUGGGUGAAAGCGUCUGCUAAAUGUAACUGUUAUUUUCUCACUUCAGGGUAAGCUGCGAUAAUAAAUAGACCUGACACUGUU